AUGAAGGGUAAGUACAAAGGCUUUUUGGUAGCAGCUAGUGGGAAGGAUGGGAAUAUCCAAAUAUAUCCACUGGACUUUGGGGUAGUGGAAGUGGAAAAUGAUGCUGGUUGGGUGUGGUUUUUGAAGAAUCUAUCAAAAUUUGUUCCAGACGAGGAAGACCUUGUUUUCGUAUCUGAUAGGCAUGCCUCCAUAUAUUCUGCACUGGCGAAAGUGUAUCCACUAGCACAUCAUGCAGCGUGUUCAGUCCAUCUAUUCCAAAAUGUUAAACACAUAUAUAAUUGUGGCGGUCUAGCUGGUCUUGUCUCAAAAGCAGGAAGAGCAUAUACGGUUGGUGAUUUCCGUUAUUGGUGGAGGCAAAUAGAGGAAACAAAACAAGAGUGUGCAGAGUAUCUACUUAAUAUUGGACUACCACAUUGGACACUAUCACACUUCCCUGGCAACCGUUACAAUUUGAUGAGUAGUAACAUCUCAGAGUCAUUAAACGCUGCUAUGCAAAAAGUUGUGGAUUAUCCGAUAAUGUCAAUGGUAGAAGUCAUAAGGGCCAUGUUAAUGAGGUGGUUUUGGUGUAGAAGGACUUUCGCUGGGAAGACUAGGACAAGGUGUACACCAGAGAUAGAAGAAUUGUUGAUUGACCAUCUGAAGGAGUCACUCAAUUGUGCGGUAUUGGGAGCUACCGGCUGA